AUUUAUUGAAGGUUGUGAGUUUGUUGUGAUGCGUUGAAAUCGCGCGAAUUUUUUUUCGUUACGAAAAUGACUGUGGCUGGCGACGUCGGGGAGGAAAAGGAUCAUGCCAUUGCGGAAUUGCAACAUUUGAUUCCCGCUUUUGAAGCCAGUUGCAUACGAAUGAAGAAUCCGAGUGAUGUUCUCGAAAAAGUUCAAAGUUUGCUGGACGGCGGGAUAAAGGAAUUACAGGUGAUAGCGGAUUUUGAUUAUACCUUAUCAAGAUUUCAUUUCAAUGGGUCCAAGUGCCUCACGUGCUACGGAGUUGUCGAGCAUUCGGAUAUGUUCACGGAAGAGUACAGACAGAAGUUGCUGACCUUGAAAGACAAAUAUUAUCCGAUUGAAAUUUGCCACGAAAUGCCCGUCGAGCAGAAGAUUCCCUUGAUGAGAGAGUGGUAUUCAAAGGGAAACGGGCUGUUGAUGGAAAUGGGUCUUCAGUUGGAAGUCAUUUCGAAGAUCGUCAAAACGGCGAACGUUCACCUGAGAUGUGGAACUCGUGAGAUGUUUGAGAAGUUAGCGGCAAAGUCGGUUCCAUUGCUGGUGUUUUCCGCGGGUUUGGGAGACGUUAUUGAAGAAAUCUUCAAGUCUCAAGCCCCGAUGUCACCGAAUAUGCAUUUGAUAGCGAAUAGGUUCAACUUCAACGAUGAAGGAAAAGCUAUUGGACUGAAGGGCGAUCUGAUUCACAUGUUCAACAAGAAUGAGACUGCUGUGCGGAAUUCCGAAUAUUUCGGAGAUUUGUCUCACCGUCCAAACGUUAUCCUAAUGGGAGAUUCCACGGGUGAUUCUCACAUGGCUGAAGGUGUGGUCGGACCCAAAGUGGUCUUCAAAAUCGGAUUCCUGAACGACAAGUAUUAUCUUGAAGGAGGAGUUCUGUUCGCAAGUCCGCGAAUCCUCGUAGUAGACCUGCUGAUGAAUCGUGUUCCGAUUCAUCUGAUCUCGGGCUUCAUCGUGUUGAAAGCUCAUCGUGUCGUGGAGUCGUGUCAAGAUGCUUUUAUCCUUCGUUUGUUUCGACAGAAGAACAAGACUGGAUUCGUGAAGGCGUUCUCGUGCAGUCCAUUGUCAUUCAAAUCUGGAUUUUGCCAAGUUUCUCGCGUCAUGAGGUCUCUGUUCGUCGGAAAGCUUUUCCUGUGGCCUCGAAUCCAUGCCUCGGUGAAAGCCUGUUUGGAAAAAGAUCCCGCUGAAGUUAUCGAAGUGCAUCUGCAAUUGACUGAACCGAUGGCACAUAUUCAAGCAUCGCUACUCGAUUUGAUUGACUCCAUGGUGAAGGAUAUUCGGCGCUGCAAUCCGAUGUUGGAACUUGAAGAAUUGACGACUGAAGAUGCCUUGACGCGGGAUUUUGGUAAAAUGCUAAAGAAAUUGCUGGAUCCGAUUUGGCAUCAACUUUCUCAACGAACACGGCAACUCAUCGCUGAUCUGAAUACUUUACGGGCUAUCUUACAGGACUUGGCUCAAAGUGAUUGCAUUGCAUUCGAGCGCAAAAUCAGCCAUUUGCGAACGACGGAAAUGGCGAUGAAAUCGUCUGGUUGGAUGCUAAUGGACGCUGCUCAGACCCUGUUUGUGGAGGCCAAAAAAAGAAUGGUGGAAAUCAGUCCGAAGUGGACGGCUUUGGCUGAGAUACUGGACGAAGAAAAGCGUUUGGCGAACCCGGAACCCGUUGGAGACGAUGGGGAAGAGCCGAAAAUUUCUCCGCCUUCGGGGGUUAUUCUUCGUGUGCUCAUUGUGGCCCAUGAUGAACGGGCUUGCAUGCAAAUUAAGCAGGUUUACAAAGCGAGGAACCCGGAGCGACCCCUUCGUGUUUACCUGAUGGUAUUCGCGGGAACGUUUGAAGAACAAGCGUAUUUGACGAGUAUUAGGAAGGAAAAGGAAGCUUUCAAGCAUCUCGCUCAAGAAAAAUCGACGAUGGUGAUACCUGAAGAUGCAGAGGGUCGAGGAGAGGAUCAUCCAGACUUGGCGAGAGACCCAACGAAAGCCAGUGACCAAGCAAUUGCCAAUCUCGUAGGACCGAGUUCUCGCAAAGGCGGUCUUCUUGACAAUCAGCCGAAACCCGGAGAACAAAUGAUUAUUGUGGAUAUGAGAGAAUUCCGUUCCGAAUUGCCGUCUCUUAUCCAUCGUCGCGGAAUCGAUAUUUAUCCCGUUACCAUCGAGGUUGGAGAUUAUAUUCUAACGCCGGAUAUUUGCGUGGAAAGGAAAAGUAUCAGCGAUCUUAUACAAAGUUUGGUUUCUGGGCGAUUGUAUAAUCAGGCGCAGGCUAUGACCAGAACUUAUGCCCGGCCCAUGUUGCUGAUUGAGUUUGAUCACAAUAAGCCAUUCACCUUGAAUCAUGGUCGAUAUUACUUUUCGAGUGAUGCCAAAUCGACGGACGUGACGGCACGUUUGCAAUUGCUAACGCUGCAUUUUCCGAAGCUGAAGAUCAUUUGGUCUCCGGAAAUCUGUCACGAGCUGACGGUUGAGGAAAAGAUCCCGCAUUCCAUCGACUGGUUUAUGGAAGGGUUUUAUAUCUUCCGGGACAUGGGUUUGGAUCUGGGUACCAUCAAGUAUAUGGUUCGUUCGGCAAAAGUCGAUUUGCGGUGCGGGACCCAUGAUAUGAUGGAGCUUUUGAAUAAGAACGAAGUGCCUUUGUUGGUGUUUUCCGCGGGGCUCGGGGACGUGAUUGAAGAGAUUCUCAAGUUCCAAGACAGUUUGACUCCCAAUGUGCACAUUAUUUCGAAUAGAUUCGAGUUUGACGAAAGCGGGAAAAUUGUUGGCCUGAAAGGAGACGUUAUACAUCCGUUCAACAAGAACGAGACUGCCACUGUUCAUUCCAACUAUUUUGAAGAUUUGUCUCAUCGUCCGAAUGUCAUCUUGAUGGGAGAUUCCACGGGGGACGCCAACAUGGCUGAUGGCGUCAUUGACCCCCGUUUCGUGCUCAAAAUCGGCUUUUUGAACCUCAAUAUUGAGCAGCGAUUGAAAUCGUUUCUGGACACUUUCGAUGUGGUUCUGUUGGAUGAUCAAACCAUGGUGCUUCCGAACCAGGUCUUGGGAGCUGCGGCCGAAGCUCACAAGAAUGAUCGCUGGCACGCGUUUUUGACCGAAUCGGAUCGGUUCCCGAAACAUUUGCGGCAGAAGUUUACCGAGCUCAAGAGCAAGUAUUUGCCAAUAGAAAUCUGUCACGAGCUGACGGUUGAGGAAAAGAUCCCGCAUUCCAUCGACUGGUUUAUGGAAGGGUUUUAUAUCUUCCGGGACAUGGGUUUGGAUCUGGGUACCAUCAAGUAUAUGGUUCGUUCGGCGAAAGUCGAUUUGCGGUGCGGGACCCAUGAUAUGAUGGAGCUUUUGAAUAAGAACGAAGUGCCUUUGUUGGUGUUUUCCGCGGGGCUCGGGGACGUGAUUGAAGAGAUUCUCAAGUUCCAAGACAGCUUGACUCCCAAUGUGCACAUUAUUUCGAAUAGAUUCGAGUUUGACGAAAGCGGGAAAAUUGUUGGCCUGAAAGGAGACGUGAUACAUCCGUUCAACAAGAACGAGACUGCCACAGUUCAUUCCAACUAUUUUGAAGAUUUGUCUCAUCGUCCGAAUGUCAUCUUGAUGGGAGAUUCCACGGGGGACGCCAACAUGGCUGAUGGCGUCAUCGACCCCCGUUUCGUGCUCAAAAUCGGCUUUUUGAACCUCAAUAUUGAGCAGCGAUUGAAAUCGUUUCUGGACACUUUCGAUGUGGUUCUGUUGGAUGAUCAAACCAUGGUGCUUCCGAACCAGGUCUUGGGAGCUGCGGCCGAAGCUCACAAGAAUGAUCGCUGGCACGCAUCAUCGAAAGUGAUGUUCUCCAGAACGUAUGUUCUGGCUGUUUUGAUUGUGAUUAUCGCAGUUGGUGUGAUGUCAUGGAAGCGCGAGAGACGCCUGAAUUUCGACGUGGAAUUGCCUGGGAUUAGUCCUCAGGAGGCUGCUGCUUUUGUGUUCAGUGCUGAAAAUGCCAAAAAACUGAAUCCUCUCAUAAUCAAAUUCAAGGUCAUUGACGAAACUGAAGGUACUGACAAGUACCGGGCGGAAUAUGCCGAGUACUUGCCAGUAUUCGGAACCAACAAUGGUUACGCUUCCUACAUUCUACUCGGAAGUCACGACGCCAAAAACCCCGACGACGGCGAAUUUUCAAUCUCUUCGAAUCACACCAAUUGUGUCGUCUACGAUUCAUUUUGCACCGACAGUUGGAGUCGAAUGUAUUUUGCACCCGGUGACAGUGGAGGGACUAAAUUCCGAGAAGAAAUUGGAGUCAUGUGUCCCCUGCUCAUGAACGAUUUCUGCCUCACGCAGACGUUGGAAAAUAGGAAGGAAUGGAUUCAGAAGCUGACGGAUUUACUGGCAACUUCGGCAUUCAAUUUCCGAUGACGCCGUUUUUUGUGUGUUUGUUUUACAUUUCAUCGUACUUCAGCAGUGUACUGUAUUUUGUAUACGCGAAUAUUAAGUUUUAUUGAUCUCUCUCUCAUAUUGACGACGUAUUUUCAAAAGAUCUGAGUCGAGAGCAUUUUUCCAAAGAGAGUAUUAAUCAAAUUGUUAUCCCCGUUUUUGUGGAAGAUUUUUUCCAGCGUACUGUGCAUUAUCUUGGAUUAUUUUUCCGGUGUUUAACCCUGGUUUGUAGAAUGUUUGAGUAGAUGUCGCCUGCAUCGCGUAACCCUGGCAAAAAUGAUAACAACUAUGAUGUUUUCAACGAACAAGAAAAACAUGAGCUUGGCGAACGAGAAAAAUGUAUAAAUUUCUUCCAAUUUUGAGCUGUUUAAAACAUUUUCUCACUUACGGUACGAACAGAAAAAUUAUACUUGCAUUCAAUUAUUUUUUAAACCAUGAACUCGAACAAUUAUCGACUCCCGACUAAAAUCGUGCUUCUGACGAAUUAAAAAGAUAAAGAUCCAGUUUUUCUUGAAAAUUGAAGCUUUAUUGAAAUUACAGCAGCUUCAUUUGAACCCGAUGUUUAGAUUGAAUUGUAUGUCAGCUUUGCUAAAUUUAUCAAAAUAAAAGAUUGAGCAAAGUUUUUCAAACUAUAAACUCAAGCAAUUAUACCCCGAUUCCCGGAAUAAAUCGUGUUUCUUAAAGAACUAAAAAUUCAUUCAAAAGCCAGAAUGAUCCAGUUUUUGUGGAAAAUUGAAGAGCGACUGGAAUUACAUCAGUUUCAAUUGAAUCAGAUGGUUAAAAGUUCGGCGUUAGCUUAUCUUAAUUAAAAUAAAAAAAAGAAGGAUUGUGCUACUGUAAGAUUGUUCUUCACAUUUUUCGAAGCUAGAAUGUUCCCAUAUUGGUUAAAAAAUGCCUGGACAAUUUUUUGAAUAUCUAUCGAAAAACAAAUUUAUUUGAGCGCAAAGUUCAAGAAAAACUCAAUUUUGAUACCUGAGAUCUUAAAGCUGAAGUAAUGUAUUUGCAUGAAUAAUCAUUGAAUUUAUCUUUGAGAAAAAAAAUUCACUAAUUUUUAAUAACAUGAGUGGAAUAAUUUCUGGUGUAAUUCAGGCUCCGAAUUGAAAAUAAUUUGACUAAACCAGCCUCGACUCCAUAUUUAAUAACUUAGACUUAACCCAAUCAUCUGCAACUUGACCAAAGUUGAUGUUAAUGAAAUUGUACGAUUCAUGCGACACCUAUUCAAUGAGUG